UCAAAACAUUCACGAAGGGAGUGCCGUAGCUUAGCUUCCGUUACAGUUACAGAGCUUAAACCCUAGCUUCGUUUCAAAAACCCUAAUGCUCACCGAACUCUCAUGUUCUCAAAUGCUUCCUCUCUUCAAUUCCUUUCCUAAUCAUUCCAACCAAAUGCAAAACUCCGCUCAACCUUCUCAACAGCAGGUCAUGGCGUCUCAAUCUCAGUUAGGUUUAAACAAUGCUCAAAUUCCUAACCCUUUUAAUAGUUCUUGUAUUCCUAACGGGCCUACUUCCAUGGCAACUCAACCUGGCUUCAUGAAUGCACCUAACAAUCAUUACCCUUCUCAAAAUAAUCAUCUGGGUGCGCCCCAAUCAGGUAACCCUAAUGGCCCUUUGCCUCAACAAGGUAAUCCUCAUGUUGGAUUCGGUCCACAGAGUAGUGUAAACCAUAUGAACUCGCUUGCCACGUUCCCUAUUCGCGGGCAAGGUUUUGCGCCGGGUAACAUGUCAAAUUUGCCGCAUUUUAGUCAGAAUAUGGGUUUGCCCUUUGGACAAUUCUGUAUGCCAAAUCAUUUGCAGAAUAUGAAUCAAUUUCUGCCAAUGCAAAUGCAAAUGCAAAUGCAAAUGCAAAAUCUUUCUCAGUUUGUUCCCCAGAAUACAUACGGGGUUAUGAACCAAGCACUUCAGCCCACAAUUCCUCAAAAUCCUGCCUUUUUGACAAGUCCACAAUAUGGUAAUAUGCACUAUAAUCAGAUUGUACAGCAAGUUAACCAGAAUCAGCACAACUUGUCUCUGCCUGUGAUGGAUGUAAAUACGUUGAAACCACCACCUGUAGCGAAUCAACAAUUGCAAGGAAACUCAUCUAUGGAGCAAACUAAUAACUUGCAAUCUCCAGGUUCAGGAUUCAAGGGAACACAGAGAAAUUAUUCACAAAGCGGCGGUGGCCUCAAUCCUUCCAAUGGGAUAAAUCCAUCGAGUAGAAACUUCAACAGGAAUACAAAAAGAGGGAUGCCUCAUGGCGGAUCUCAGAAUUCUCAGUUUCAUCAUAUGAAACAUGGAAACAAAAAGUUUGGAUCUCCUAAUGCUCACAAAGGAAGAGGGUCAAAUAAUGAGAAGGCUGGAAGGUUUGGAACUGGCAACUCUCUGAACCAAGGGAAGGAACAAAGAAGAUCUCUUCCUUUAACGUAUUCGGAAGAAGAAAUUCGAAAGUGGUGUGAAGAACGUAGAAAGAACUAUCCAUCCAAGAGAAACAUAGAGAAGAAGCUAACCAAAAAGCAGCUAGACAAAGAAAGUUUUGAGCGAGAGGCUGAGCUACGUCGAGCGCAACUCAAGGAGAUUCUAGCUAAGCAAGCUGAAUUGGGAGUUGAAGUUGCAGAAAUACCGGGGUGCUCUUUUUCAAAUCCAAAGCAGCAAGAGCAGGGAAAAGAAGAGAAUGGGAGACCACAGAAUAAGGGAAGAUUUCCCAACAAAUUUGAUAAAAGAGGGAGAUAUGAUAAAAGAGAACGGUAUCCUAAGAAGCGAAGGAUGAAUAAUAAUUUUAAUAAUAAUAAUAAUAAUGCUUCUUCGAAUGAUCCUUUGUUGAGCAAGAGGAAACCAACAUUAUUGGAGAAACUUCUCAGUGCAGACAUAACAAGAGAUAAGAGCUACUUGCUGCAGGCUUUUAGGUUCAUGGUAGCAAAUUCUUUCUUCAAAGAUGGAGCUGAUAAACCUUUGACAUUUCCUUCUGUGAUAGCCAAGGAAAAGUCCGGGGAGGACGACAUUGUUGUAGAGGUGUGUCCCCAUGCCGAGAAAGAUGUUUUUGAAGGUGGUAAUAGGAUUGUUGUUGAAAAGACUAUUGAAGAUGGUGAUGGUGAUGGUGAUGGUAGCAGUGGUGAAGAUGAGAAGGAGGAAGAAGAGGGUGAGAUCAUUAACUGAAUUCUCAAUUGUAUUGUAUUAUAUUAUAAGCUUUUCUUUUUUGUGAUUAGCUUCGUAAAAUUUUGUAAUUUGUGGAAGAAUUGCGUUUUUCAGAAAAAGCCAUACCAAAUGUACCAAAAGCACAUUACGAAGCAUAUUAGCUAACCCAUCUCCAUAGAAAUUUUGAAGUACAUAGAAUGGAGUACUCUUCGUAUUUUGUAGACUUAAGUUAAACUGCAAGCUUGGUUUGACCCCAAGUGGAAAUAGUAUUUUACUUUGGUUUUUC